AUGAGUUCUUAUGCAUCAAUUGAAGAUAAAGCCAAUAUUGAUGUUGUGUCAUCGAAUUUGAAGACACUCUUGAAUAAUCCCAUCGCAAUAACUUCGCUCACGUUGGAAGAGAAAACUGAACUCGUUUCAUCUCUCAUUUUCGAUCUCGAUGAAAAUGGCAUUCAAAAAAAGUGGAACGAUGAUGUAAAACUGCUAGCACUACAGGCAUUAAAGACAUUGGGGCGCGACGCAAAAGGGUGUGACCUUUUAUUUUCAGAGUUGGGAUUUAAAGUUCUACUAUAUCACGCUACAAUUCUACCAAAUACAAUCAACGCAGUUGAUAAACCUGUGUCUCAAGAGGCACUUACAUGUAUUGCGAACGCGCUUCUGUUGAAGGAAAGCACACGCGAUUUAUUUGACAGAUAUGAUGGCGUUUUAAACGUUUGUCAGAGUCUGAAGGAUACAACGCUCUCAAUAAAAACGCAAUUUCUCAUCUCGCGAAUUUUAUUUCUAAUGACCAUCAAACCAUCACAAACCGUCGUUAAACUUGUGGAUAAUUUUGGAAUAUACGAUAUUCUAUACAAAUCUCUAUGCGUGCAUGUCAGUGCAUUAUCUUCUCGGACGCCCGUCACCGAAACAUCUCCAAUUACCAAAGCCAUGGUUCUUAAUGAACAGUUAAAGUUUCUUUUUAACGUGAUGAUAAAUUAUCCUAAAGUCGAACGCGAUGGGAGGCUAAAUGAAAUCCAGAAUUCAUCAAAAUUUGAAAAGCUUCUCCAACCAGUCAUUGAUGUCGUAUUGAAGAUACCACCUCCAUCACCAUUACCCUUAGGGCCGCCACAUUCUCACGCGAUCCACGCGUUGUUGAAUUUUCCGGUGGCACCGCACAAAAAAAUUUGGUUUCCCCCGGAAAAAAAAAGUCAACAAUAUGAACUUCUCGAUCAAUUACUAGAAAUAUUGAAGUCCAUGAUCUUCACUGCAAUUCAAGGUGAUCCCGAUUCUAACAUCGAUAGGAAUUCAAAAUACGGCGUUGACUUUGAUGAAGUUAUCACACCUCUUGUUGCACUGUUAAAGAAGUUGGCAGAGGAGGACGAGUUGGCCAAGACCAUGGAAAGGAAUCGAUUAUUGCCUGAUGAUGUAGAUCGUUCGAAACCACUGGAAAAAGGUGAUAGUAUUUCCGCGCGUCUAAUUCGACUCAUGACUUCGGUUAUGCUACCAAAUUUAAAAGACAGCGUCAGCGAACUAUUUUUUGUACUUUGUGAUCAAGAUGCGAAUGUGUUCAUUCACCAUGUUGGCUACGGAAACGGGGCUGGAUUCUUGAUGAGUCGUAACAUAAUGAUUCCAUCAACAUCGUCAAUUUACAAUUCUGAUAAGUCGAUUAAUCCCAUCACCGGACAGUAUUUUGAAGAUGAGCCUCCGUCACUGUCAGAUAUGACUGAUGAAGAGAAAGAAAGAGAAGCCGAGAAGCUGUUUGUGUUGUUUGAACGGCUCAAGAAAACUGGAGUCAUGAAUGUGGUGAAUCCCGUGGAAGAGGCCAUGAGAUCCGGUAAAUUACAGGAAAUGAAUGAUGAAAACAAGGACGAUGAAAGCGAUUAA